GAGAAAGAGAGAGAGUUUUGCUAGAGAGAAAUGGCGAGAUCUACGGUGCUAAUCGCGGCGGUUGUACUAGCUUUUCUGGUCGCGGCGUCGAUACCAGAAGUAACAGCGAAGAAAUAUACAGUCGGCGACAAAAAGUUCUGGAACCCAAACAUUAACUAUACCUUAUGGGCUCAAGGCAAACAUUUCUACGUCGGAGACUGGCUCUAUUUUGUGUUUUAUAGAGACCAAUACAACAUUCUUGAGGUAAACAAGGCUGACUAUGAAAGAUGUAUCUCCACCCACCCAAUACGCAAUUAUACACGUGGAGCUGGGAGAGACAUUGUUCCACUCUAUGAGACUAGACGUUACUAUCUACUUGAUGGAAGAGGUGGUUGCUUUCACGGCAUGAAGCUAGAUGUUUUAGUUGAGACUCCUCCUCCUCCUCCUCCUUUUACUUCUCCUCCACCACAAUAAGAAAUCAAUUUUAUGUUAUCUCUAUAAGUUGUUUUGGAUUUUUCCGGCAAGUUCACCCACUUGAUAAGGCAAAUUAAAUGUUGUUUUGUACUAAAGAGAACUGAUUAUG